AUGCCUUCUCAACGUCCACGCCGCCCGCAGUCCGGCUAUGCCAUCCUGGCGCAAGCAGAAGAGGAGGAAGAAGAGGAGGAGCAUCCGUACUCAGACAACGAUGAUCCCUUCAAAGAUCCGCCGUCCCUCUCCACCCGUCAACCCGAGUAUGAACCGAUCCAGCCAAAACGGAGAGACCACAUGCGAUUGCCUCCGCUUGAUUCACCUCGACAUCCUCGCCGCAGAAGAGCCAACAGCACGGUGGACAUCAAGGCCAUCAACGCGCGAUUGGAACGCUGGGCGGAGGAGAUCAAGGAGCGCUUCACCAGGCGGCGCAUCAAGGGGAAGAGCGCCGAGGAAGAAACGCUAGAGAUCCACCAUUCCGUCUUUCAAGCCCCCGACGGCAUUCGACCAGCCACCAAACAGAGUCUCGAGAGCGAUGAUGAGGAUGCGGGGACAAUGUCGAAAUUGGAGUUUGACGAUCUUGUUGAAAGCGUGCGAACUGCGAUAGAGCUAGGCCUGCACCCCCUCUUGAUCUCUCAAGGAAGCAGUGGGUCAUACUUUGCGAAGAACAGCGGCGGGACCACAGUGGGAGUGUUCAAGCCCAAGGACGAGGAGCCGUAUGCCAACAACAACCCCAAGCUCAUCAAAUGGCUUCACAGGACCAUUCUGCCGUUUGCCUUUGGCCGAGCAUGUCUGAUUCCGAAUUUGUCGUAUGUGUCGGAAGCAGCAGCAUACGUCCUCGACACGCAGUUGCGAACUGGUCUGGUACCUUACACUGCAGUGGUCAGCCUCAGCAGCAAGAGCUUCCACUACGACUACUUUCACCGAAAGGCGUACUACCGGCGGAAGAAACCUUUGCCGGAAAAGCUGGGCUCCUUUCAGGUUUUCCUGAAGGGCUACAAAGGCGCCACCGAAUUCCUUCGAGAGCAUCCCUGGCCGGAUGCGAGCGCUGCCUCCACCGUACCUACCAGUCAUCAACGAAGAACACGCCGGAAACGAUGGGAUGAGACGUGUAGGCCGAGCAGCCGGCAUGCCACCGAGGAAGUGGAGACGGAUGAAGAGGCCGAGCUGGACGAGACGCCAGGCAGGAAUACACCAACACAAUUUUGGUCGCCGCAGUUACAGCAGAACUUCCGUGAGCAACUGGAGAAGCUGGUCAUUCUGGACUACAUCAUGCGCAACACGGAUCGAGGCUUGGACAAUUGGAUGAUUCGAAUCGAUCAGGAGACUGGCGAGGCGAGUAUUCUCAGAGACGUGAAAGCAGCGAAACAGACGCUGUCCGGUGAGGAAGAAUACAGCAGCAGAAAGGAGAACAUGACUGCGCGCCCACCCACUCAAACAUCAACCCAAUCAGCACGCAUCGGUGCCAUAGACAACAGUCUCUCCUGGCCAUGGAAGCAUCCCGACGCCUGGCGCAGCUUUCCCUUUGGCUGGCUCUUCCUCCCCGUCUCGCUCAUUGGCCGCCCUUUCUCCGAGAAUGCAAGAAAACACUUCCUCCCGCUCCUCACCUCCAAAGACUGGUGGUCGGAGACGCAAAUCCGCCUGCGAAAGACCUUCGAAAUCGACGCCGACUUCCAGGAGCGUAUGUUUGCUCGGCAGAUCGCCGUCAUGAAAGGCCAGGCGUGGAACGUAGUCGAGACGCUGAAGACGCCGGAUCACGGCCCAUUGGAACUGACGCGGCGAGCGAGAGCUUGUGUUUGGGACGAUCUGGUGGAUAUUCCCGUCGCCACGCCACUCGAACGGCCGAGUGAAGAGAUGCGGCGACAGGCGGUCGAGGCGCAACACCAGACCUCGCAGCGGCCAACAAAUCUUCGCGAAGAAGAAGACGAAGAAAUGGAUAUCGCAACAGCGCUGAACGGGCACACAACGACGAAGCGGCCAGAUGCACUCCUCGGCUUCUCCAGUCCGUCAUCAACACGAGAAGAAAGCGAGAAUCCAUUCAACCAAUCCCGCCAAAACAGCAGCCAAGACAUCCACACCGCCAACCCCAACACCUCCAGCCCCUCCUCCCCAACCCUCCUAAAAGAAGUCUCCGCCUCCGCACCCCGCCCCUCCGCCUGGCGCAACCGAGCAGCAGGCAGAAUGAGCUACGAAGCGCCGCGCUCCUUGCGCUUCCCUGGCGGCGGUGGUGGGUCCUCGCCUACCGAACGUCGCAGGCGGUUUAGCUUCGCGGUCACGCGCGGUCUGGGGCUCAAACCUUCUCGCUGGGGAGAGGAGGAUGGCGAGGGUGAUGAGGGGGAUCUGGGCUACUCUGCUGCGAACGAUGGGCGGAAUGCGACGCGCAAGGUGAUUGUGGAGCGGUUGGAGUUGGUCAAGAGCCGGACGCCGGUUUUCGAGUGGUGUUGA